UGCCGUAUUCUCUGCCGCUGCCUGAAAUUUCAAAACUUGCUUUAAAAGACGAACUCAUGGGUGAAUAUACCGAAUUAUAAAAAUUGUUGAAAAUUAAGAAAAGUAAUAUGUUUCGAGACGAGGAUGAUACGAGAAAGAAGAUGAGCUCUAAUAGUGACAAUGAAAACAUUGGAAACAAAGAAAAUAUUAGCGAAGAAGAUGUAAUGAAAAUACUUGUUGCCACUGACAUCCACUUAGGUUAUGAGCAAACUACUAAAAGAGCUCAGGAUGACGAUAGCUUCCAAACAUUUGAAGAAAUUCUCGAAUAUGCAAGGGACCAAGACGUAGAUCUGGUACUUCUUGGAGGCGAUUUGUUCCAUGAAGCAAAACCUCCGCACAAUGUUAUAAUGAGGUGUAUAAACCUACUGAGAAAAUACUGCUUAAGUGACAAGUCUGUAAAAAUACAGUUUUUGACCAGCCCAGAAGCUGUCUUUGGUCAUUGCUUUCAUCAAAGAGUCAAUUAUGAAGAUCCAAACAUGAAUGUGGGUAUGCCAAUUUUUUCAAUCAAUGGAAAUCAUGAUGAUCCAAGUUUUGGAGCCGUUGGAUCAAUGGAUGUUCUUUCUGCCACAGGGCUUAUUAAUUACUUUGGAAAAUGGACAGAUGUAACUAAUGUUUCAAUCCCUCCCUUGUACCUUCGAAAAGGUAUUACAACCGUGGCACUUUAUGGUUUAGGUUAUAUGAAUGACCAAAGGUUGUCUCGAUUGAUGAGAAACGAUAAGUUUGAGUUGCUGCAAUCCAAUAAAAUUAAAGAUCCCUUCAAUAUUCUAGUCCUGCAUCAAAACAGAUCGCAGCAUGGUCAAAAUUCAUUUGUACCUGAAGACAGAUUACCCAAGUUUUUAAAUUUAGUUUUGUGGGGACAUGAACAUGAAUGUGUUAUAGCGCCAAAAGAAUCUAAUUCAAAUUCCGGAAUUUUUAUCAGCCAGCCAGGAAGUUCUGUUGCAACAUCAUUAACUUAUGGAGAAUCGAAACCAAAAAACAUUGGAAUUUUAAGUAUAUACAAAAACAGUUUUAAAAUGGAAGCCUUACCACUCAAAACUGUUAGAGUGUUUGUGUUUGAAGAUUUGAUUUUGAAUGAACACUGUGAUGAAAUUACAAAGUACAAGUGUCGUUCUGAAGCUUUGGAAGAAUUUGUGGAUACUUACAUAGAAAACAUUCUUAUGGAUCAAGCUGCUAAACAGCAGUCAGGCCAUUUGAAACAACCUGCCAAGCCUUUAAUAAGAUUAAGAAUUUUUUACAGUGAAGACAGAGACGUAUUUGACACCUUGAAGUUAUCACAAAAAUAUUACAAUGAAGUAGCGAACCCCAAUGAUAUGAUUUUGUUUAAAAAAUGCUCUUCGAAGUUGAAAAAAAAGGAUAUUAAAUCUACAGUUGGAGGUUUAGAAGAAUUUGGUGAAAUAUUUAAGUUUGAUAAUAGUGAAAAUGAUUGGAAGCGUACAGUUAUCGGUGGAAUGACUGAUUAUUUUAAUCAAGAUGACAAAAUAAAUAAACUAACAGUAUUGUCACUGCCAUGUCUCAAUGACGCAUUAUUAAAAUUCGUUAAUGCAAAUGAUAGUAAAGCUUUUGAGGAAUUAGUCAACCAUAAAAUACAAACAACACUUGAUCUUUUGGUGCAAGAAAAUUUUAAUAAUACUGAUGAAAUGCUUGAAGCCGUAAAAAAUCAUCAAAAUUCAAGAAAAGAACAACGAUUGAGGAACAUCGUACGUGAACCAUUGAUUAAACCUUCCAAAUUUUUGCUACCACCUCUUCAUAUCAAGCUGGGUCUCAUGAAGCAAUUCGUCAAAGCUCUGAACAAAUAUGGUGAUUGCUUUCAAUAUUUAGGUGAGAAGUUUCCCGCAAUAAGUGAUGCUAAAUUGAAGGAGGGUAUAUUCGAUGGUCCUCAAAUUCGUGCUCUGUUUCAUAAUGACAAUUUUAUUACAUAG